AUCUCCUGUGGGCGGGGCUGUGUUGGUUGCUACAGAGAGUGAAGCCGUUGUGCUUUAUAGUGUCAGUUUCAACAGUUCUGACUGGAAAGGAUAGGAAUGGGAUUUGCUAAACGUUUAUAGGUGUGUUCUGCAUUGAAAAAGUCGACUGAUUAAUGGUAAUUUGUGAUCAAUAUGUUAAAAAAGUAUAUCGAUCAUUAUAAUCGUCAUUUGUCAAUGUACUGCGAGUCGUCUUAGCAUAACUGUUUUGUGCUUUUCCAAUGAGGUAACUCGAUGUCUCAUUUAGUGCUAAUCUGUAAGUACUUUUGAAAAAUAUUGUAUAUUUUUUAUAUACAUUUAUAUUAAAUCGUGCCUUCUGUUUUCUUAGUGGGGCCCGGACAUUUUAGGAGGAUGGUUGAUUUAUUUUUUUUUAUAUACUAACUGAACAAAAAGCAUAAAUGAUAACGUUUUUGUGCAAAUUGCUUUUUGGGAGAAUAAAAACUGCAUUUCGCCUUAUUUAUUUAUUUUUUGUAAAUGUAAUUUUUCGUGAGGCAGAUUAUUAAAAAAAAAAAAAAAAACAUUUUGAUGCGUAUCCAUUCCUCCGAGUGGAGAAAGAGGACCCGUUGUUUACUGUACUGUUAAGAGUUGAGACGCCAGAGCAAGAUUCAUAGUACAGUUAAACUCUGAAAUCAAUAACCCAUCCUGUGCCCUGAAUCGGUAUUUUUAAACGAAUAUAAAGGCUGCGUAAUAAUUUCAAGAUUCAGACCACGUUCGAUCUAAAGAAGACUCCACAACAGGCCCCUGUCACCAUGCACAUGGCCCGCAGCCCCACCUCUCUGCCUAGCAGUGCCUCAGUGGGUGCCGGUGACUCCCUGGAGCUCAGCUUGACCGGCUCUCAGCUCUCUGUCUCCCGUCGGCCCAGCAGCGCCUCCCCUGCCAAGCACUUCUCCCGCUCUGUCUCUGUCACCGCGGACAACAAGAGCAAGCGCAACACCCUGGGCGAAGCUGGGCUGGGCAGCUCCCGGUCCAUCAAGAACCUGAGGAGAUCCAACAGCACCACCCAGGUCAACCAGAGAGUCAACUCCUGCUUCAGUGAGGAGCAGUCCGAGGACUUCCUGGCCUUGUUUGACAGCAGCUCGGAUGGGAGGAGGAAGCUGGCCAGCCUCAGCAAGACCUCUCCGGACCUCUCCUGGAACAUCCUGGAUGACCAACCCCGGACCUUCCUGAUCCCUGGCAGUGCCCGCACUGCCCGCACUGCCGACUCGCCCAUCGGCAUGAAGAAGAGAGAGGCUGGCAUAGCGCUGGCUGCCAACUUCACUGCCAACAACAGGAGUAACAAGGGAGCUGUGGGAAAUUCAGUCACCACCAUCCUGCACAAUAACUGUCCAGACAAGCCUCUGACACCAAAGAGCUCCAACCAGAAACCAGCGUCUCUCAAUAACAUCAUGAAGGCCACAGUGAACGACGAGGGCAGUCUGGAGAACAGCUCCCUGACCAAAUCCCAGAAAAACUUCUCGUCUCCCAAUAACAACGCUGCGCGCAGCAGCCCUGCCCUGCUCCGGAGGCAGGAGGUGACUGAGGAGGAGGCUGAAAGCAGGUUUAUCCAGCAGGUGAACCACGCAGCUGUGACAAUCCAGCGCUGGUACAGACGCCAUGCCCACAGACGGCACACCAGCGAGGCAGCGCUCCAACGCCUCCUCUCCACCAAGAAACAGGAGAGGGAGCAGAGAGCAGAGGAGGGGAAGACACAGGAAGGUCAGAAGAGGAAGGAGGAGGAUAGGAAGAGGAUACGCGAGGAGAAAGCCCAGCAGGCCAGAAGAGCUGCUAUUCAGGAGCUCCAGCAGAAGCGGGCACAGCGGGCAGCCGAGACGCAGCGCAUGGCAGAGCAAGAGAUUGAGGCACUGAAGCAGAGCGGCAAGGUGGGCCGGAGGAAACCUGCCAGGCCCUCUCCCAGCAGCAAGGGCAGCACGGCAGGCAGGGACACAGGCAAGGGGAGGAAUACAGACUCGAGUGUGAAUGUAACGGCUGAUCUGGACGACAUAUCAAACCUGAGGUCUGGCUCCCCCACUGACUCCCCUGGGAGAGGCUCCCAAGGCUCCCAGGAGGUGCUGCAGAGAGGCGUGAGUGUGGAGGAGCAGCUGCAGAGAGCUCCGUCGAGCAGAGCCCAGUCCAAGACCACGCUGAACGAGCUGCUGGACACCCUGAAGCUGCUAGAGGAGGAUCCAGAGAGACUGCCCGAGCCCCAGAGCUACCGCAAAGAGAAGUACUCCUGGAUCGACGAGGACGGGGACUCCAACUCCCUGACAGCUGAUAACCUGGAGCUGCUGGGCAAGAUGAACCAGCCUCCUGCCCUGCCAGAUGGGGGCGCCCUGCUCUCUGAGGCCAAGCUGCAGAGCAUCAUGAGCUUCCUGGACGAGAUGGAGAAGUCUGAGCAGGAGAGGCCGCGCUCUGUCACCUCGGGUUCACACAGAGAGGCCCUGCUGUCAGAAGAGGACCUAGCUCAGGUGGACCAGGCUUCAGCCACGGCAGCCGAGGUGACCGGCUCCAUGAUGCGGAUGAAACUGGAGCUGGAGGAGAAGCGACGCACCAUCAACAUGCUGCAGACUGCACUGGCUCAGCAACGGGAGCUGACAGUGCGCCACAUCAAGGAGACGGAGAAGGAGCUGAACCGCAACUUCCAGCUGCAGAAGGAUCAGUACGAGGCCACCAUCCAGAGACACCUGGCCUUCAUAGAUCAGCUCAUCGAUGACAAGAAGGCCCUGAGCGACCGCUGCGAGCGGGUAGUGUCCGAGCUAAAGCAGGUCGACCAGAAAUACACUAAGAAGAUAGCACACAUGCAGGAGCAGCACGACCUGGUGUGGCACAUUCUGGGUCCCUUGUGUGAGGAGAUUAAGAAGCUGAAGGAGCUGAUGAGUGCCACAGAGAAGAUCCGCAGGGAGAAAUGGAUUGACGAGAAAACCAAGAAAAUCAAAGAGAUCACAGUGAAAGGGCUGGAGCCGGAGAUCCAGAAGCUGAUCUCCAAACACAAGCAGGAGCUGAAGAAGUUGCGAGCCGUGCACGAGGCGGAGCUGAUGCAGGCAGACGAGAGGGCGGCUCAGAGAUACGUGAGGCAGAGCGAGGAGAUGAGGGAGCAGCUGGAGAGAGAGAAGGAGGAGCAGUGCCAGAGAGAGAGGGAGCUCGCCAGGCAGAGGUACGAGAAGCAGCUGCAGGAGGAGGAGCAGGCGCUACAGCAGCAGAGGAGGAGACUGUACAGCGAGGUGGCUGAAGAGAAGGAGAGGGAGUCCCAGCUGGCUGCCAGGCAGAGGAUGGAACUGGACGAGCUGAGAAAGCACCUUGAGGACAACAGCUUGGUGGCGGGGCGUGCGCUGAGAGAGGAGUUCGAGAGGACGAGAGAGGAGCAGGAGAGGAGGCACCAGGCAGAGGUUAAAGCCCUGAAAGAGAGGCUAGACAUUGAGAAGCAAGCGUGGGAGGAAAACUACAUGAAGAAAGAGGAGGCCUGGCUGCUGAGCAGGGAACGGGAGCUGAAGGAGGAGUUACGCAGAGGGAGGGACAAGGAGAUCGAGCUGGUGAUUCAGAGGCUGGAGGAGGAGACCAGCAGAGCCAGGGAUGAGUGCGAGAGAGCCUCCGAGAACAGGGUGAAGCGCGUGCGGGAGAAGUACGAGACAGAGCUGCGGGAAAUGGAGCGCUCGGAGAGGAGCCUGCAGGAGAGACACAGCGAGCUGAAGGGCCGGCUCAGCCAGGCAGAGGGGGAGGCCGUCCGACUGCAGGGGCUCCUCAGGCAGAAAGAGCAGGAGGUGCAGGACAUGACACAGAUUCAGGACCGGCUGACAGAGGAACGACGCAGCCUGGCAGAGGUGAUCCGGCAGGAGUUUGCCGACCGGCUGGUAACCACAGAGGAGGAGAACAGGCGCAUGAAGACGGAGAUGUCAGAGACGAGAGCACGGCAGAGACUGGAGCUGGAGAGAGUGACCCGCGAGAAGGAGGAGGAGCUGGCUGAGGUGCACAAGAGGGUGAAAACUGCUAUAGUGAAAAAAGAAGAGACUGUAAAUAACUUGCGAAAGCAACACGAGGCAGCCUUAAAGAGAGCAGAUCACCUGGAAGCAUUACUGGAGCAACAGCGCAAGCAGCUGCUGGGGAAGUGAGGCGACAGAGUCAGCCUGCAUCUCCAUAGCAACCGUCCUGCUGGAGGAGGGGGGCAUGGCAUCAUUCCUCAACCGGACACUCAGGCUGGGGUCCCCGAACCCACAUGCCAAACCAGGAGCCACUUCCCAAAGACAAGGCACCCAUUCCGUCAUUAUCAGCCCCUUUAAAACAGCAGGAAAGGAAACUGGUCAUGGGGUCGAGAGCCAUCAGAAGCUGUAUGUUUGGGCUGCUAGAGAGAUCAGUGUACCAGAGGUUCUGAUGAUCAAGAAUAUCUGAUAAAAUGAACUCCUUGUCAGUAAGAAUUCAUCUCAGAUCAGAUGAAUCUCUGGAAGUAGGGCCUGGCCUGACUAGCCAAUGUGGAGUGAGAUAUAGAUUGAGAAGUUUAGAAUGAUGAGUAGAAUGUUGCUAGAAGGUAAGAGAAUUGAGAGACAGAGAGAGAGAGAGAGAGAGAGUAGAAAAAUAGGAAGUGCCAUAAAAGUGAGGCCACACUUCUUAUAGUUCAGUGCAGUAAAAACAGAAUGUAGAAGGAAAUAGAAGGAAGAAAAUUGACAGAAAAUGGUUUGAAAAAAGAAGUGAUUAUUUCUGAAAGAUUAAGGCAAGGAAAGAGAAGGGAGGCUUUAUUUUAAUAAGCAGUGACAAUACAGGAGAAACCUCCCACAGCACUGACUGCCUAGCUUGUAACCAGUCCAUAUUAGCUGUUUAUGAUGGCUCAACAAAACAACCCCCUGCUUUACUGUAUAACCUGUAAUCUUGUAGAUGUUCCUUAUUGAUCCAAGACAUGUAGACUGCACAUACACACUACCCUUAAAUACUGUACAACCAAAAAGUUAUGUUGCAUUUAUCAUGAACGUCUUUUUCCUAUAUAGGACUCUAGUAAUGCACGCCAUUGAACCGGUACUAAACAUACUUCAUAAUAUGUUAUGUGUGUGUUAUAUUUUAUUCUGCCCAAUCUUAUGCGUACCUGAUUUAACUAGACGUUGCGGGUUAACAAAUGCCAAGGCGCAUGGUUGUGAGUCUGCUGGUGUGGUAUGUGGGGCAGCUUCCUGAUGGUUUUGUACAACAAAGAAUCUUCUGAAAACUGCUAUGCAGACUCUGUGUUUAGUUGCUGUCAUCAACAUCAAGUGCUUUUGUCCCCGAAACACACCCUAUUGUUAUUAUUAUUAUUAUUAUUAUUAUUAUUAUUAUUAUUGUACUUUUUUAUUUUAAUUUGUAACUUUGUUUUUUACAUGAAUUUAACCAGUGUGUUUUGUACUGUGUGCGUCUCAAUGUAACUUUUAGCUCCCAUGCAGAUCUAUAAAGAGUUGAGUUGUAUGCAUUUAA